GUGGAGAAGAAACGCUGCGAGGCACAAGUGCUCGGUAGCGCGCUCCGAGAGAGCGAGGAAGAGAAGAGAAAGGGCGAGCGAGGAACCGAGAGGUGGGGGCGAUACCGGAGAGGGACAGUCGGGGAGCGCGAGCACCACCGCCGGCCUAUGAUGGAACAGGCCACUGACCAAUAGAAUCCCAGAUGGGCUGGGCUCGAGACUUCUCGCUCUUCCAUGGGCCCUUAAAGUUUGUUUGUUCGCUGCAUGCGGCGUGUGAUGAAAACGUGUUACUUAUCCCGUUCGGCAAUAAUCAAACGAAUGUGAUUUGAGGAUAUUCGACACAUUCUGGGGGCUUCCGACGCUGUUCCGCACGAGACCCAUGUAGCCGACCCACUUCUCCGCUCUGGCCGCGAGGAACGAGCGUCUAGGCGCAGGCGGCGAGGUUGCCAUCACAAGAACCGACUCCCAACGACUUCAAUGCCAAUCAGAGACACGGACAGCAAAGCACUCCGAACGGCCGCUAUUUGGGGAAAAGGCCACCGUUGCGGGAACAUGGAUGUUUUGUUACGACCUGUCGGACACUUUUGGUGAACUAAAACUUAAACGGGCUGAUGCGUGAGCCAGCAUGUCGCGGAGGAAACAAGCGAAGCCGCAGCAUUUGCAGACGGAGGCGCAGCUGGCCUUGCCCGGGCACAAUGGGUACACGGAGCCCAGCUUGGACAACCCCCCUUGCAAGGACUCGGGUGCCCAUGUAUGUGGCAGAUGCUGUGCUGAGUUCUUUGAACUGUCGGAUCUUGAACAACACCAGAAGAAUUGCACUAAGAAUCAAUUAGUUCUGAUUGUGAAUGAGAAUCCCGCGUCUCCUUCCGGAACAUUCUCUCCCGGCUCCUCUCCCCAUAAUCCUGAUGAGCAGGUGAAUGACACGACUAAUAACGCAGAUCAAGGCGAGUGUGCUGACCUCGUAGACCAUAACUCGCUGGAUAAGGAGGAAGUCAUGGAUGUGGACGUGUCGGCGAUCUCCGCCGCCCAUGACGACGGAAGCAGACUCAUGGAGGGAAGCAGACACAUGGAGGGAAGCAGCUCCGUCAACGGCAGCGUUGAAGGCUGCCAUGGCGGGAGGGGCAAUGCUGGGCCGAAUCUGGGUAGCUCUGCUCUCCCGGCCUCACUACCUCAGCUUGGAAAUCUGACGGAGCUGGGAAACUUUUCCAUGAUGAACAGCAACGUCAUCAUCGAAAAUCUCCAGAGCACCAAAGUGGCAGUGGCCCAGUUCUCUCAGGAGACAAGAUCGGGCGGAGGCCCCAGAGUGGCGGUGCCCGCUCUCAUGGAACAGCUUCUUGCCCUGCAACAGCAGCAGGUUCACCAGCUGCAGCUAAUAGAACAGAUUCGUCACCAGAUUCUUUUGCUGGCGUCCCAGGCUCCUGAACUACAGGUGCCAGCCACAUCGUCUCCGGGGAAUAUGGCUUCAUCCACCAGUCCACUAACCACGCUCAGCUCGCACCUGUCCCAGCAGUUGGCGGCGGCUGCCGGUCUAGCCCAGAGUCUUGCCAGCCAGUCUGCCAGCAUUAGUAGCUUGAAGCAGAUGACUAGCACAGCACAGCUACCUCACAGCAACUCCGGCAUGGGAGAGUCAUCUCAGAGUCUGGGAGCAAUUGGGACUGCUGUGGUCAAUACUCAAGCAUCAGAUAAGAGGGCUGGAUAUCCUGGCACACUGCAUUCCCAGCUAAGUAACCCAUCGCUAGCAAAGUCAUCUACGCCAGCUUUUGGAAUCGGAAGCCUACUGAAUCCUGUGGCUAACUCGCUUCUACCUCAGCCCCCACCGGGAAACCCCAUGUUCUCCAGUGCUCUUCCUAGUGUUGGAACCACAGUCGAGGAUCUGAGCUCACUGGCUGCGUUAGCCCAGCAAAGGAAAGGCAAGCCGCCCAAUGUCUCUUCCUUUGAGCCCAAGAGCAGCUCAGAAGAGGCAUUCUUCAAACACAAGUGCAGGUUUUGUGCCAAGGUGUUUGGGAGCGACAGUGCCUUGCAGAUUCACUUGCGUUCACAUACGGGAGAGCGGCCAUACAAAUGCAACAUCUGUGGAAACCGCUUCUCGACUCGUGGUAACUUGAAAGUUCACUUCCAGCGUCAUAAAGAAAAGUAUCCUCACAUCCAGAUGAACCCAUACCCAGUCCCAGAGCAUUUGGACAAUAUUCCAACCAGCACCGGUAUUCCCUACGGCAUGUCAAUGGCACCGGAGAAGCCAGUCACCAGCUGGUUGGAUAGCAAGCCUGUCUUAUCUACUCUGAGCUCGUCAGUUGGGAUGUUGCUCCCCCCAACUAUACCAAGCCUGCCCACAUUCAUCAAGAAGGAGGAAAAUCAUUCUGUGGCUGUAACGAGCCCUCCCAACUCUGCUAAGAGUGACUCAGGUCCAGUUGAGCUGUCAGUCAAAAGCAGUGAUGGCGUGUCAGAAGAAGGCGAUGGUGCCUCCUUGCCUACCUCAAAUGGGAAAACUGAAGAUAGUAGCCAGUCUUCUGGAUUCAUAGCACAUACAAAUUCUGUUGGUGAGAGCAAGACUGAGUACACCACCUCCAACAGCCCCCCUAUGGCCACCAACCCACUAAUGCCCCUGAUGUCAGAGCAGUUUAAGGCCAAGUUCCCAUUUGGAGGUCUCCUGGAUCCUCUGCCAGGCUCAGAAACAUCCAAACUGCAGCAGCUCGUGGAGAACAUAGACAGGAAGGUGAUGGAUCCCAAUGAAUGCGUCAUCUGCCAUCGCGUUCUGAGCUGCCAGAGCGCUCUGAAAAUGCACUAUCGCACCCAUACGGGAGAACGGCCAUUCAAAUGCAAAAUCUGUGGCCGUGCCUUCACCACUAAGGGUAACCUAAAGACCCACUAUAGUGUCCACCGUGCCAUUCCACCUCUUAGAGUGCAGCACUCCUGCCCGAUCUGCCAGAAGAAGUUCACCAAUGCUGUGGUGCUGCAACAGCACAUCCGGAUGCACAUGGGUGGCCAGAUCCCCAACACCCCUCUCCCUGACAGCUACCCUGAAUCCAUGGGCUCUGACACAGGCUCCUUUGAUGAGAGAAACCUCGACGAUCUUGACAACUUCUCGGACGACAACAUGGAGGGAUUGGAGGACGGCCCAGACAGCAGCGUUCCAGACACGCCCAAGUCUGCUGACGCAUCACAGGAUAGCUUCUGUUCUUCACCAAUGCCACAGGAGCAGUCCAGCACUGACCAGCAGGAUAGGAUCUUGCCCCAGGGCAUGCUAGAGGAUUCACAGUCAAACAGAACUAAAGCAAUAGAAAAUGGUUCAAUGGAAGGCGACCACUUCACUAAUGAUUCUUCCUCGCUAGGAGGUGACCUCGAGAGCCAAAGUGCAGGAAGUCCAGCUGUCUCUGAAUCUACCUCCUCCAUGCAAGCUCCGUCACCGUCUAGUUGUGCGCCGCUGCAGCGCAAAUCCCCCACUCUGGAGGAGCGCCAGCAGAGGCCGCUGUCACUGGAGCACAUAAAUGCAGGUCUCAUUCAUACCCAUUCCUCAGGUCUAGGAGCUCUGGACCUAACCUCCAUGAACCCUUCUAAAGACCCUCUGGGCAUGCUUUUCCCCUUCCGUGAGCGAGGCACCUCCAAGAACACGUCAUGCGACAUCUGCGGAAAGACGUUUGCCUGUCAGAGUGCCUUGGACAUCCACUACCGAAGCCAUACCAAAGAAAGACCAUUCAUUUGCACAGCCUGCAAUCGGGGCUUCUCCACCAAGGGCAACUUGAAGCAGCACAUGCUGACCCAUCAGAUGCGAGAUCUUCCCUCCCAGCUCUUCGAGCCCAGUGCCAGCCUUGCAUCCAGCCCCACGCCUUCCCUUCUCUCUGUGCCCCCAAUGAUCAAGACCGAGAUCAACGGCUUCCUCCACGGCCCUCAACACGACGCGAAAGACCUUCCUUCGAGCCUUGUGACCUCCUCCGCAUCCACCUCCCCGGUGCUUUCGUCUGCUCCUCCGAGACGGACCCCCAAACAGCAUUACUGCAACACCUGUGGGAAGAUGUUCUCUUCUUCCAGCGCCCUGCAGAUCCACGAGAGGACCCACACAGGGGAGAAGCCCUUUGCUUGCACCAUCUGUGGACGUGCAUUCACUACCAAAGGAAAUCUGAAGGUACACAUGGGUACUCACAUGUGGAACAGUGCCCCGGCCCGGAGAGGGCGCCGCCUCUCAGUAGAUGGCCCCAUGGCUUUCUUGGGCACCAACCCAGUGAAGUUCCCCGAGCUCUUCUCGAAGGACUUGUCCAGUAGAGCAGGGAAUGGUGACCCAGCAAGUUUCUGGAAUCAGUACGCUACUGCCUUCUCUAAUGGCCUGGCCAUGAAGACCAACGAGAUAUCUGUGAUCCAGAACGGAGGCCUGCCCGCCUCUCUGUCCGGAAGUGUUGGCAACGGCGGCAGCUCUCCCAUCGGGGGCCUGACGGGAAACAUGGAGAAGCUGCUCGGUUCCGAGCCCAAUGCGGCGCUGGCCGGCCUGGAGAAGAUGGCCAACACGGACAACGGCUCUCACUUCCGCUUCACCCGCUUCAUGGAGGACAACAAGGAGAUCGUCACCAACUAGGGGACGCACGGCACUUCUGCGGUACAGGCUGACACAUGCAGACACUCGCAGACGUGCUCGCACAUGCACAAAAAAAGAACAAGCGCUGGGGGAAAAAGAGAAAAGCGCUCUGGCUUGCCAUUCAGACGUUAGUUACGAAGUUUGAAGAGGACUUGCUUUUUUGUACAAUGUACAUGUUAAAGUUUUACGGAGCUUAUUUAUUAGUGAUUAUAACCUUGCUCGAAAAACCAAGUGGAUACAUUAACAGUUACUUAGUUUUCCUUUUGUUCUCUGUCUUACUGCCAGAAUGAAGCUGUGUGACUAUGUAAAAGUGCGCCUUUGGAACUUCUGGCUAGAUGACUUUUACCUUAUUAUUAAAUUAUUUCUCUCUGUAGUACGUAUAACAACACUGUUGAUGUUUGUGAUGCAUUAGAGCUUGAAUAAGCAAAACAAAAGCCUGUAAAUAAUGUACAAUGACCCGUGCUAGAUGGUUUACCAGCCGUGUAUUAACUUUUUCCCUGAUCCCCAUCUAAGGUUUCAAAAAUGCCUUCAGGCAGAGGACACACAGGAUAGUUCUAUUAUCGACUUUUAUUUAAGUAAAAAAUGAUAAGAAAAAAAGCAUAACUACAUCUCAGCUGUUACUUUUAGAAAUUAAUCUCUCUUUUUUUUAAUGUUUGUUAUUGUGGUUUUUAAAUUCCAUUGUUUUAGUUGUAUUUCUUUAUUUCUUGUUGCUGUCGACUACAAGGCUAAAGAGAGCGUAAUUGUUGCAUAUAAAAAGACCGAGCAAGGUACAUGUCCUGGUUUGUAAAUGAGAAGCGAGAUGAGAUGCUUGUGGAAGUCCAAUAUGAGCUGGGUUUCGACAUUGCUGCUACGUUCUAGCAUCUUUGUUUGACAUCAAAUGCAAAUCGCGCGUUGAUGCGUCCUGUACAUACUGUCGGAUGCUGGACAACUAACUCCAUCACAACAAAUGUACAUAAUCUUGGUCAAUAGACAAAGUCCAUGUCGGCCAGGGGACAAACGAUAGUGUUUUUAUAAAUAUGAAUAUAUAUUAGGUUUGCAAACCGUUGGACUGUUACAUGCACUUUCUUGGAAAGUUGGAAAAUCUUUAAGGGUCCAGUUUCUCUACAGUUUAAUACCUACUAACAACUACAAUACUGUAAUUCUUUAUUCUAAUAAUCAAAUACAUCUGUUUUCCAAAAGAAA